CUGAAUGGAACAUUUGCGGGAUCUUGUAUUUCAGCUCAUGAAACGUGGAACCGACACUUUACAUGUCGCGUUUAUAUUUUUAUUCAGUAUAUGUGGAUGAAGAGCUUCAUGAUUAAUGUAUUCUAUUCAUACAGCAGAUGGAACCCUCUCACACUUAUUGAGCCAUGAUCCAGUUCCGUGUUUUCCUUUGACUUGGUCCCCUCUUCUUGCCCGAGGAGGCAUCACCACAGCCCGCCUGCAUCGCUCUGCGCUCCGCUCCACUUAUCCGAAUCUGAUCUCGUCUGAGCAUCCACUUCCAAAUUGGGUUGUCAUUUUUUUGACCCCUUUGCUCUUCCCGCGAACAGGUCAACGUGCUCUCUACGUGGACGUUUUUGAAGACCGCUAAGAGAGAGCGAGUGAGAGCUGAGAGAAAUACAGAAAGAGACAGAUCUGAGAGAGAGAGAGAGAGAGAGAGAGAGCUGGCUUCGUGGAUCUUUAGCUAUAGUGUUCCCGUCCUCUCUUCCAAUCCUGGACUCGUUGCGUUGGGGUCUGUACCCCUUCACCGGUGGCGUUCUGUGAACAGUGAUCUGGAUACUAAACACUGAGCCUUCGAAAGGUUGUCCGUUAGCCCAUGUUACAAUCAACAACUGCGAAGACUAUAUAUCGUUUAAGCGUUUUUUUUGUUGUUGUUGUUAUAAGAGGAAUCAGAAUUUACCUUGACGAUAUAAAAGCAUCGCUGACCUGGAAUCAAAUUGCUUAAUUUUUCAUUCAUUUGAGGGGAUUUUUUUUUGUUGCUUCCAAGCAAGAACUCUGGACUGUUACAAGGGAGAGACGGCGGUUAUUGUAAAGACACUGCGCUUUCAAUGCCUGGAUCUGCGCGCGACCAUUGCUGCAGCUUCGUGUGAGAUGUGGCGUAUGGUUUCAUCUCUGAGCCGUGAGAGGAGUAACCCCCUCCGAGGUCGUUGGGGUUCAGCAAGAAGUAACAUCAUCAAUACUUCCGGGUCAUCUUCUUCUAAGGUCAUGUGGACCUCACGCCUGCUCUUCAUCUUCACCUUGUUCGCCCCCCUCACCCUCGCGGUGAGUCGAGCCCCUGUCCCCAUGGCGGUGGUCCGUAGGGAACUGUCCUGUGAGUCCUACCCCAUCGAGCUACGCUGCCCCGGCACAGACGUCAUCAUGAUUGACAGCGCCAACUACGGACGCACCGACGACAAGAUCUGUGACUCGGACCCAGCGCAGAUGGAGAAUACUAGAUGUUACCUGCCCGACGCAUACAAGAUCAUGUCCCUCAGGUGUAACAACCGUACCCAGUGUGUUGUGGUAGCUGGACCUGAUGUCUUCCCUGACCCCUGUCCUGGAACAUACAAAUACCUGGAGGUUCAGUACGAGUGUGUCCCCUACAAAGUGGAACAGAAAGUGUUCCUGUGUCCAGGUAUCCUACGAGGCGUGUACCAGAGUGAACACCUGUUUGAGUCCGACCACCAAUCAGGAGCCUGGUGUAAAGAUCCAUUCCAGGCCUCUGAUAAGAUUUACUACAUGCCCUGGACUCCCUACCGCACGGACACUCUCACAGAGUACUCCUCCAAGGAGGACUUCAUCGCAGGACGACCGACGACCACGUACAAGCUGCCUCACCGCGUCGACGGGACGGGCUUCGUGGUCUACGACGGAGCUUUGUUCUUCAACAAGGAGCGGACGCGCAACAUCGUCAAGUUCGACCUCCGCACGCGGAUCAAGAGCGGCGAGGCCAUCAUCGCCAACGCCAACUACCACGACACGUCGCCGUACCGCUGGGGCGGCAAGUCGGACAUCGACCUCGCCGUCGACGAAAUGGGCCUCUGGGUUUUGUACGCCACGGAGACGAACAACGGGCGCAUCGUGGUCUCGCAGCUCAACCCUUACACGCUUCGCAUCGAAGGGUCCUGGGACACCACCUACGACAAGCGGACCGCCUCCAACGCCUUCAUGGUGUGCGGCGUUCUCUACGUGGUGAAAACCGUCUACGAGGACGACGACAACGAGGCCACGGGGAACAAGAUAGAUUAUAUGUACAGCACCGCCCAGAGUAAAGAAACCUUUGUGUCCAUCCUGUUCCCUAACUCUUACCAGUACAUAGCAGCAGUGGACUACAAUCCCAGAGACAAUCUGCUGUACGUCUGGAACAACUAUCACGUAGUCAAAUACUUACUGGACUUCGGGAACAACGACAACAGGUUGGACUUGGUUCCUCCAGUCAUCCACGGGCCUCCCAAAGUCCCCUCCUCCUCUUCCUCCACCAGUCGGACCGCGACCACCCGGUCUCCUCCCUACUAUACCACGGCGCGACCAAUCCUCACCACCUUCCCCGGUCAACGGUCCCGGACAACCACGACCGUGCGGAACCCUGCCGGUGGUGGCGUGGUCGUCCCCGGCGAUAACCAGAUCCCAGAGAUCGUUAACCCCGGUAACGGACGGUCGGUUCCAGCCAUGGGUGUUCCCCCUCUGCCUCCCCAGCCCCCGGUCAUACCCCCCCAGGACCACUGCUCCCCCAGGGUGACAGCUGAAGUGUCCUGGCCCAGAACCCAGCAGGGACAGAUGGCCAAGCAGCCCUGUCCUGUAGGGACACUAGGCGUAGCUACAUACGUGUGUGUUGCUCAGCAGGGCUACUGGGAUCCCCAAGGCCCCGACAUCAGCAACUGCACGUCUCCCUGGGUCAACCACAUCAUGCAGAAAUUGCGUAGCGGCGAGACGGCAGCCGUGGUUGCCAGGGAGCUGGCCGAGCAGACUAAAGGGUUGUUGCGUCCCGGUGACGUCCCCUCUACGGUGAGGGCCAUGGCCCAGCUGGUUGACCUGCUGGAUGUUCAGCUCAGAAACCUGACCCCCGGGGGCAAGGACAGCGCCGCCCGCAGCCUCAACAAGCUGCAGAAGAGAGAGAGGUUCUGCAGGUUUUUCCUCCAGGCCAUGGUUGAGACGGUGAACAACUUGCUCCAGCCCAGGGCCCAGGCAGCGUGGAGGCAGUUGCCCACGGGGGAGCAGCUUCGCUGGGCUACCACCCUGCUGGACACGGUGGAGGCUGGAGCUUUCAUGCUGGCUGACAACCUGCUGAAGACGGACACCGUGGAGGAGAUCACCGACAACAUCCAGUUGGAGGUGGCGAGGCUGAGUACGGAGGGGAAUCUGGCGGACCUGACCUUCCCCCAGUCUGAACUACAUGGGAACUCCAUCCAGCUGUCUGCUAGCACGCUCAAACAGCACGGGAGGAAUGGUGAGAUCCGCAUGGUGUUCGUCCUCUACAGGAACCUGGGCUCCUACCUGUCUACAGAUAAUGCCAGUGUUGGUCUGGGCAGCGAGGCUCUCUAUCCUAACUACUCUGUCAUAGUCAACUCUCCUGUUAUUACUGCUUCUAUCAACAAGGAGAGCAACAAGGUCUAUCUGUCUGAACCGGUGGUCUUCACUGUCAAACACCUGCAGCAUUCAGAGGAGAACUUCAACCCCAACUGUUCUUUCUGGAGUUAUUCCAAGCGGUCCAUGACCGGGUUCUGGUCCAGUCAGGACUGUCGACUACUGGACACCAACAGAACACACACCACCUGCUCCUGUACUCAUCUGACCAGCUUUGCUGUACUGAUGGCACACGUUGAAGUCAAG